AUGUUAGCCGUGCCGAUGGGAUUGCUCAAGGACGGUCUGCCCAAUUCACCUCGAAUGCGCAGCCGUUAUUCAUGGUCAGAAGAAGUAGGCCACGAAGGAGACUGGGUCCUGCGUCCGAAAUCAACCGAUGCAGAGAGUCGAAUUCACAUUCUGUUCGGAGCGAUAGAGAGAGGCCGACAGACAUGGUACAAGACGGUUCCAGGACUGGUAGAGGAGGUACAAUAUAUGCUUGAAACUGACUUCGAGGCAUCUCAAUACCUCGAUGAUUGGCUCUUGAAUCAAUACGCUGAUCUUGCCUUACUAUGCGAGCUCGGAAAAUCGAUCAAUCUUCUGGCACCAUGGUUCGAUCAUACUACGGCGGAGUUGCUAAUCCUUGACAACAUCUACGAGCGCAAGAGAGAAAAGGUUGAGAUAUCAGCCACCAAGCUCAGAGAUGGCAUCUACAACGCAACUGGCACCAAUUUGGGCUGGAAUCCACUCGACAAAGCAGGCAAAGCGCACGAGUAUCCGAGCGAGAAGCAUAAGAGUAAGGUCAAUGUGGAAAAGAUGCGGGACGCCGAGAAGCGACUGGACCUGUUAUGGAAGCGUCUGGAGAAAGCCGUGGAGAUUGAUCAAGCUAUCAGCCUUAAGAAGGUCCUCAAGCGGCGAUCGCUAGACAAGAAUCCGCGAAUUCUAUACAGAACUCCUCCAUGGAAGGAAGAAGCAAGUGUCUCCCCACUGUUAGAGACGGGAAACUCGUCCACAGUCCUCGGCGAGACCGACGGGAACGUCCCUCGUUCGGGUAAGGCUUUCCUUACGGAUCUUGCGGAGAAAGUCAAAACACGUGGUGUGGCAGCAGGAGCAUAUCAUCAUCCAGCGACUGGUCGAGCUGAGGAUGCACCACCACCGGAGCCAGAGGUGGCACCACCAAAAUUUAAGCUUGGCAAGAAGGCGUAUAAGAUAUGGCUUACCUUGCUCCCUUCGGUAGAGUCGGCGCAACACCCUCGUCCCGAGCUCGGAUGGGAUGAGCUACUCUCUGGCAUGAGAGCGAUUGGUCUGGAGCCUGAGAAGCUAUAUGGUAGUGUCUGGUCAUUCUCUCCGGUAAAGGAUCGAACGCUGUUUCCCAUCAACCGCAGCAUUCAAUUUCACGAACCAAAAGAGGUGCGAAAGGGUGGAAAGAUUCCGAAGCCCAUGGUCAGGACGUUCGGAAGGAGGCUUCGCCAUGCAUUUGGUUGGGAGUCAGCCGAGGCAAUGUUUGAGCUGGAACAAUGA